AUGACGUUACUCUGCGUAACAAAUGCACGACCAGUAUUCUGUUAUAGCAGCGCUUCUGGUCAUCGAGCUGCCUAUGCAUCCUAUUGCGGACAAUGGCGGGUGGAAUGGCCCAUCGGAGACCUUGCACGCGUUUACUUCAGUGCACAUGACUUUCACGCGUUAGCAAAGGAUCCACAUCCGGCAAAGUUUCAGCAAAGAGUCGAUAAGUGCUUACAAAUGCUGGCUGGCGUGAUCGAAUCCCGGACAUCAAACACAUUCAAAUGUGCUUUUCCAGCACGCAAAUCAUCCGGCAAAUGGUUCCUUGAAUACGCAGUCAAAGGAUUUGGCGGUGCGCACGGCGGUAGACAUCUUUACAACAUGAUCGGUGGCAAAGUGAGCGAGGUGGACUUUUUGCAAAUGAAGCCGAUGAGCACAGAGAUAGAAUCAUCAGAAGACAUGGUGAUUCUUUACCUGCCGAACAAAGACUCCGGCGUGCGUGAUGUGACUUUAUACGUCCCGGAGCGAGAAUCGGAUAUUCUCAAUGAAGCCUUGGAUAAACUACCUUGGACAUUUCUGUCAUGGUCAAUCCAUCGAGGUCUGCGUGAUAUCCUCGUUGCUUUUGCAAAAGAAAGGAUGGACCAGUACCGAAACCGAUUGGCAGAGACACUCCGACUUGCGGUAGCGAAAUGGCCGGAAAGAUUGGAAGCCAGGGGAUGGGAUCUGCGGUUUGUCAGGGAAGACAUGGCAGCCAUGGCAGCAAGCGCUGUUAUGGCGGGCCAGGGGAAUUCAGGAGAUAUCGUCAGAAUCGUGACUGAUAUAGCAGCAGUUUUGUCGGGCAGUCCAAUUUCAGUGCUCGAUGAGACGAGAUUUUGGAGGGAUGCGACUCCCGAAUCUGCUUCUCCGAUUCUUGACCCGAUGACUGUCGUUGCUCUUGUCAAGUGCUUCGUGUUGGAGUGGAGUAUUGACUUGAAUUACCAGAUGUAUCAUGAUUUCCCUUUGGAGAUGUACCUAGGAUGA